UGAGACCACUCGCUGCUGCUUCGGACGUGCGGUGCCUUUAUUAGCACUCUGUCACGUACGUGGCGGUGGCCAUGGACAGGGACGGCGAGUGCUCGUCCCCCACCGGCAGUGCGGCGGCGCUCCUGCCGCUCUUCGGCCCGUCGUCACCGGCGGCAGAGAGCCUCGAAGAGAAGCUGAGGCGUGUCAGCGAGGAGAACCGGAGGCUGGCCGGCGCGCUUGACGCCAUCCUCGCCGACCGCCCCCACCCGCGCGCUCUCGCCACGUCGCCGACGCCGAGCUGCCACGGCAAUGCGGCGCCGGCAGAAGUGGCCGGCGGCGGCGUGACGGCCGAGCCGCGGCCAAAGGUCAGGACGGUGUGCGCGCGCGCCGAGCCGUCGGACGCCGACGCCAACCACCUCAAGGACGGGUACCAGUGGCGCAAGUACGGCCAGAAGGUGACACGCGACAACCCCUACCCGAGGGCCUACUUCCGCUGCGCCUACGCUCCCUCCUGCCCCGUCAAGAAGAAGGUGCAAAGGAGUGCAGAGGACAAGUCGAUGCUGGUGGCGACAUACGAGGGCGAGCACAACCACGAGCAACGUGCCCAGAGCGAGUAUGUCACUGACGCAUCGACGACCCAGCAGCAGCAGCAGGAGGCCGGGUCACAGCUGCCGUGCUCGAUCUCCAUCAACUCGCUGGGCCGGACGAUCACCCUUGGCCUGAUGGACCAACGGCCGGGAUCGAACGCUGAGGCGGUCGCCGCUGAGGUCAUAACGCCGGAGUUUCGAAAGGUCUUGGCGGACGAGAUCGUGGAAUUGCUAAAGAAUGAUUCCGAGUUCAUGGAGUCUCUGACAAGCGCAGUCGCUGCAAGGGUGAUGGAGAGAAUACCAGGGCACAUAUUCUGAUGCAUUAGUAUAUGAUGUUCAUGGAUGCAAUUAUGCAAAUGUGAAUAUAUACACAUGAACUUUUCGUGGUUAUGUUUUGAAUCUUGUGGAUUCACUCCUGCAAAAAAAGAUUACAGUUGUGUUAGAAAAGGAAUAAACUAGAGAAACUGCAAAGAUAAAC